CUAGUGAGAUUCAAGGUUAAAGAAGACUAUGAGUAUGCAUCAUCCGGGGGGGGGGGGGGCAUGGGUGAUUGGCGACACGUACCUUACUAUGAUACAUUGGUAUAAGGGUUUUAAUCUUUGGAAAUCACACGUCAACUCAGCCCUGGUCUGGGGUUCAGUUACCAGAAUUGCCCUUUGACUUUUUAAUAAGGAUGCAAUCACUCGUAUAUCUCAACGAAUUGGGAGACCAAUUCGAGUAGAUCGGGCUAUAAUAAUGGGGGCGAGGGUCAAAUAUGCAAGGGUUUGUGUGGAAGUAGACUUAAUGAAACCCCUCUUCUCACAGUACAAAAUAGAAGGCAUCGCUUUUGGAGUGGGUUAUGUGGGGCUUCAUCGACUGUGCGGCAAGUGCGGAUGCUAUGAUUUCCAUAGUGGUGAAUGCCCAAAUAAUCCCCAAGAGGAACAGGAACCAGAGAGUAAUGUGGAAGAGAAUGGAAAGGCCCCGCAAACAGCUGAUUUACCUAUUGGCCAGAUGUAAGGGAAUUGGAUGGUAGUGAAGCAGAAGGCUUGGAGACCAAGUAAUAAGAUGGCGGCGAAUAAGAAGAGGAGUGGCUCGGAACAGGAAAGGCAAGGGAACUUCGUCAACAGAUUUUGAUGUACUGCAUGCUGAAGGUGAGGGUGACAAUUCUAAGCCUUCUCAACAUGGGCCCGUCACUCAGCAAACCCAACAGAAAAACAAAACCAUCGAGCCAAACAAGAAGAAUGGCGCAGAGGAAGGAAGGAAUGUGCAUGUGAAGAAUGGGAAUAAUACAAAGAAACCACAAAGACCACAAGCCCCAAAGACUACUAAUGAGGAGAGCGGUAACAAGAAAGCUCAAACGACACCGAAUAACCAGAAAAAGGCGACGGAUGCGGCCCCGGGAGGCACAGCUAAGAUGUUGUUUCGUGCAAUAAAUAAUAAUAAUAAUAAUUAUUAUUAUUAUUAUUAUUAUUAUAAGGUACCAGCUGUAGGAAGUGUUUCUUCCACGUAACCGAGCCAACCGAUGGUAGAAGAGGUACAGAUUGUAGACAAGACGUUGGAUGGCCACCAGCAUACCCAAAAUGGUCAGGAUCAAUAUCGAGAAGGCGACGGAUGCGGCCCCGGGAGGCACAGCUAAGGUGUUGUUUCGUGCAGUAAAUAAUAAUAAUAAGGUACCAGCUAUAGGAAGUGUAUCUUCCACGCAACCGAGCCAACCGAUGGUAGACGAGGUACAGACUGCAGACAAGACGUUGGAUGGCCACCAACAGACCGAAAAUGGUCAGGAUCAAUAUCGAGAAGGUGCAGGAUCAACAUGAACUAGGGUUUGAGAAUGGUAGCAGAUGGACAACAGAGUAUUUGAUGGACGUCUGAUGUAUCCCUUACUUGCAUUGACUCGACAACAAAUUUUCUAGACAUGAGAGGCAAUGACCAAAGUGAGGGUGCAUGGCGUUUCACAGGUGUGUAUGGCUGGCCGGAAAACAAGGAUAUGGAGAGAACUAAUGAACUAUUAAGGAGCUGGCCAAGACGUGGGCUGGUCCUUGUUUAGUGAGUGGUUAUUUAAAUCAAGUUAAAUAAGUGAAUGAAAAGAGUGGGGGCAGAAGGGUAGCAGAUGGCGAGAUGAGCAGGUUUACCAGCAGUCUGACUGAGGCGGGAUAGAAUGAUCUUGGCUAUUGUGGAUAUCCUUUAACGUGGGAAAACAAAAGAGGGAAGGUGAUUACAUUGAGGAGCGUUUUGAUCGUUUCCUUGGAAAUGAUCUUUGGAAACAGCGGUUCAUAGAGGGAUGGGUGCAACACUUAGAUAGUACCCGAUCUGACCACCGGCCGAUCAUGUGAUGUACUGACGAAGAGGAUGGUGCAAAACCCCGAUGGGGCUGGUCUUUCCGUUUUGACCUGUUCUGGUCUAAACAUGAAGAUUGUGUAGAGAUAGUUGAGGAUGGAUGGCGUAAUCAUUUCCAGGCAAAUAUUUUGGAAAAGCUUAACACUUUCCAGAAGAAACUCAAAGACUAGAGCAAGGAGCGUUUCCCAAAUUUUAAUAAAUAGCGUAAGAAGAUUAUGAGAGCCACAAUGAGCUUCGAAAGGAUGCCGAAAACUGAAGCAGUUCUGCAGCAGCUUCGACAACUCCGGACUGAAGUCGAGGAACUUGAAAAUAACGAGGAGAAAUAUUGGAAGCAACGAUCUCGUGCAGACUGGCUGAAGGAUGGAGAUAAAAAUACGAAUUUUUUUCACAAAAAAGCCAGUGCACGACGGAGAAGGAAUAUGCUGCGAAAACUAAGAGACGAGGAAGACAGGAUGUACACUAGGAAGGAGGCACUCUUCAAGUGCUUUACGGAUUACUUUACAUCUAUGUUUACUGCAGGUGUAGCCCCAGCAGCGACACUAGUGGUUGACUCCAUCAAAUGUUCAUUCUACGCCGAGGACAACUAGGAGCUUAUGCGCCCUUUUGACCGAGAAGAAAUCGUGGUGGCCUUGAAAAAAAUGGCUAAACAGAAAGCCCUCGGUGCUGACGGUUUUUCGGUGUUCUUUUUCCGUAGGUACUGGCAUAUUGUUGGAGAUGAUGUCAUCAAUACUGUGCUUGGAAUUCUGGCUGGUGGAGAGAUCCCAGACGACCUCAACCAUACGCUAAUCGUUCUGAUCCCGAAAGUGCAGCAACCAGAUGAUGCCAACAUUGAAAAUGAUCACAAUUGGACCGAGUUUCAUCCUCUUUAGUGUUUUUUUUCUUUCUCUGUUUCCUUUUAGUUGAGAAUGAUCACAAUUGAACCCAAUGCCGCUACCGAAAAUCCAUACCAUAUCUACUCAAUGUUGGCGAGUUUUGUAUCGAGACCGAGUUUCGUUCGCUUUAGUGUUUUUUUCUUUCACCUUUUCAUUUUUGUUGACCAUGAUCACAAUUGAACCCUUAUCCAUGGGUAUCCAACCUAAUUCGAUCAGCUCAAAGUGACUUGAAACAUACUUUAGCAUUUAUAAAUUUCUCUUUUUUUUCUUUUGGUUGGGAAGACAAUUGAACCCGAAUCUAAGGUUUUGAUGAGUGUUAUAUUGUGUGUGACCUUUAUCCACUUUUGUAGUUGCAAGGUUGGACAAAGCGUUGAUUUGUUUAAAAAUUGUUUAAAGCGAGUUGAACACAUUGUUGACUAGUUUUAGAUCGACAACGAGUUUUGUAUGACAAUUGAACUUUGACUCAUUGGUAUCGAGAGCGAUGUUUAUCUGCUUUUGUAAUUUAUAGGUUGGGUAAAUUGUGAAUUUGUUAAAACUAGGUCGACCCGGUCAAAGAGAGUGUAACGUAGUGUUGAGCGUUUGGGGUCAUGAGCAAGUUUUAUCCGCAUUAUAAUUUUUUUCAUCUUUUUCCUUUGGUUGAGAAUGACAAUUGAGUCAAAACGCAUGUGUAUACAACCUAAUUCGACCCGACCAAAGCGAUUUUACAGAUUUUCUACGGGAGCAAGUUUUAUCUGUUUUUGAAAUUGGCGUGUUGUGUUAGGUGUGAAUUUGUCCAAAACUCGGUCCAAUCAGAUCAAAGUGAGUUGAACUUGGUGUUGUCGAAUUUUGAGUCAGUAGCGAGUUUUAGCUUUAGUGUUUUUCAUUUCGCUUUUUCCAUUUGUUUGAGAAAGACAUUUGAACCCAAAUCCAUGGGUAUCCAGCCUAAUUUGACCCGAUCAAUACUCCUCAAACCUGCAAUUAGUCCAAAAAUUUCAUAAAUGAGACCACGAUUACCUCAAACCCAAAAAAAAAAACAAUAGAGUACGACUAUGUUUGGCUCAAAUUUUUGAAGUUUUAUGUUUCAAAAGUUAAAGUCAAGUCAAAUAGCUCUAAAGUUUUGCUUUUUAAAAAAUUGGAAUUUUUCGUAACUAAAAGUAGAAUCUUUUAUUUAAAAAUACAAAAAAAUUCCGUUGAAUCAGUUAUUCUCAUUAACAAAAUAAAAGAAAGAGUAUGAUACAAUGAAGUGGGCAAAAACCCAGGUAAAACAAAAAUGAGAGGACAUAAGCCUCUCAUUCACCACACCACUACGACACCACCAAUCAUUUUAGAGACCAACUCCUAACACUUGCAUAUCACACUUCACAUUACCAUUAAACACACUCAUAAACUGCAAAUCUUGCAUAAUCAAUUUGUCCAUCAUUGCUGCACUUCGACCAUCAUCCCAUGAACUCGUUUACAACGCUCCUUCCAGAUAUUUGCAGCACAUAAACACCAUAUCCGUCCCCCCCAAUCAUCCUGCAGCUGUGUUUUUUCGGCUGAGUUGGCAUGUUGUUGAUAAGGUGCUAGGUCAACCACCUCUGCAAAACCAGUCCUCACAAUGGAAGAAAAAAACAAUAGCUCCUGCGAGAAAGAACAUUUAAAAAAAAGGUGUUCUCGUGAUUCAAGCAGGCUACAACAUAAAACACAGGCAUUAUCAAUCUACUUUCCCCAUUUUAUCAAUUUAUCCCUCGUAACAAUACUAUCAUGAAGAAUUAACCAAGCUAAGAAACUAGGUCCUGCUAGAAAACCUUUUCCCCAGAUCAGCUUAUUCCAAUCCACCUUUGGCCACCUCAUCCGAAUAGAAUCCCACACCAAACCAACUAUUUAUCGUUGCAUAGGAGAGCCAUCCCAACAUAACGAAGUACCCUACCUUGUGAAGUGCCCUUGAACCUCUGAACGAACUUUAAGAAUACGUCUCCAAGCCCAAUAACUACUAGAUGGGGAUCCUAUUAUCCAAAUACUACCUGUUUUGAUUCGAUACUAUGUAAUCCAGACCACCCAGAUAGUCCCACUUUGCAUAAGCACUAGCCAAAUCAUCCUGGUAGUACAAGCCUGAUUCCAGGAAAACAGUUCCUUAAGACCCACUCCUCCUUCAUUUCAAGGCCUCGCUAGUCUUUCCCAGCCAACCUUAGCUCUCCCCUCUUCACCACCAUGCCAUAAGAAGUUAGAGCACACCUUAUGCACCUGCUUAAGCACCUUUUUGGGCAGAAUAAACACUUGCAUCUAGUACUGCAGUACACCCAUAAAAACAGAGGAUAUAAGUUGUAACCGACCAGCAUAACUGAGUUUUUUGACCUUCCAGCUUUUAAUUUUCUGAGUGAUUUUGUCCACCAGCCUAGCACAAACAGCAGAAGAGAGUUUUCCUGAAAGGAGAGGGAGCCCCAAAUAACGAACUGGAAGCUUACCCUCUUGAAAACUAGAUAACUCAAGGGCGUGGUGCUUGAAUCAACAAAACACCCCCCCCCCCCCCCCCCAAAAUAUACCUCACACUUUCGAGGAUUGCACUGAAAUCCAGACAACUCAUGGAGAAGAUUCUGCACACCAACAAUAGCCCUUCCAGACCCCUCAGUGAAGAUUAAAAGAUCAUCAGCAAAGCUAAGAUGUGUUAACUGAACCCUCUUACACUAUGAAUGGUAGGGGAUUAGACCAGAAUGAGCAGCAGCAUUAAGAAUAAUAGUUAAACCCUCCAUGGCAAUGGUAAACAGAUAAGGUGACAAAUGAUCCCCCUGUCUAACCCCAAGUUUAGCCCCAAAAUAACCACAUAAUCCACCAUUCACUAUGCUAAAAUGAACUGUUUUUACAAACAACGAAAUCCAUCUAACGAAACCUCGUGAGAACCCCAUGACAGACAUCAUUAAGAACAGAUAUUCCCAAUUUACCAUAAUUUUCUUUCAUUUAUAUCGAUAUAAAAUGUUAAAUUGAAA